UUUUCUGUAACAGACCACAUCGUAAGAUGUCUGAUAUCAUCCUAUAUGAUUCCAAAGAUGUGGCAUCUGCUCCCUACGGCAAAUACUGGAGGCAGAUAAGGAGUAUUUGUGUCUUGCAUAUUCUCAGUGCAAAAAAGGUUCAAUCCUUUGGUGCAGUGAGAGAAGAGGAAAUCUCCAUAAUGAUGAAAGAGAUUAAACAGUGUUGCUCUUCUUUGAUUCCUGUGAAUUUAACUGAAUUGUUUUCUACAGUCACGAAUGACAUAGUGUGUAGAGCUGCUCUCGGAACGAGAUACAGUGGAGAAGGAAGGAGACAGCUUUGGGAGCUACUGAAUGAAAUGAUGAAGUUGAUGGGUGCUCCAGUUAUAGGGGACUACAUACCUUGGCUUGAUUGGGUGGGAAGAGUUAAUGGAAUGUAUGAUAGGGCAAAGAGAGUGGCUAAAGAGCUUGAUGAAUUUUUCGAUGAAGUUGUUGAUGAGCAUGUAAGUAGAAGAGGGCAUGAUGUGCAUGGUGAUGAUGAUGAUGAAGAAGAAGGAGAGGAGAAUGAUCUGGUGGACAUUUUGUUGAGGCUCCAAAAGAAAAACAGAACGGGGUUUCAGAUUGAUAGAACAACCAUAAAGGCUUUGAUCUUGGAUAUGUUUGUCGCAGGUACUGAUACCGGCUCCUCAAUCCUGGGAUGGAUAAUGACAGAACUCUUGAGGCACCCAAAUGUGAUGCAGAAGCUAAAAGAUGAGAUAAGGAAUGUGGUUAGUGGUAGAACUCGCAUAACUGAGGAAGAUUUAAGCAGCAUGCCUUAUUUGAAAGCAGUGAUUAAAGAAAGUUUUCGAUUACAUCCCCCAGCUCCUUUGUUGCUUCCAAGGGAAUCCAUGGAAGAUACCAAAGUGAUGGACUAUGACAUUGCAGCAGGCACACAAAUCAUAGUUAAUGCUUGGGCAAUAGCAAGAGAUCCUUGUUACUGGGAAAAAGCUGAAGAGUUUGAAGCAGAAAGAUUCUUAAAGAGUUCAAUAGAUGUGAAAGGACAUNAUUUUGAAGUGAUACCAUUUGGAGCAGGAAGAAGGGGUUGUCCAGGAAUAAUGUUUGCCAUGAAUAUGAUUGAGUUGGUCAUGGCAAACCUCAUUCAUCAGUUUAAUUGGGAAGUGCCAAGUGGAGUAAUGGGAGAUCAGACACUCGACAUGACUGAAUCUACAGGGUUGACCAGUCAUAGAAAAUUUCCUCUCAUAGCAUUUGCCUCCCACCAUGCAUGAUAAGAAGUUAACGUUAAAGUUGGUAACAUAUA